GGCCUAGCUCCAAUGGACAUGAGUUCUAUGGGCUUCCCUACAUAAUACUCCUAGUGAUUAGAUAUCACACAAGCCACCGCACGCCCCCUCCGUCGUCAACCGCCAGCAGCGGCAGCUUUAUCUCCAUCGCCACCGCCGCCUACCUUACUCCGAAAUUACGUCUCUCUUAGGUUAAAUAAUGGAGAUCAGAAGUGGGAAAGAUAAAAUAAAUGAUGAGAUUAACAAAUUGCCUAAAGAGGUAAUUGGGAUGAUUUUGCAAUUUCUGCCUCUGAAAGAACAGGCGAGAACCAGUGUGGUGUGCAAAGGGUGGAGGGCAUUGUGGUCAAACUAUUUUUCAGGAUCUUUAAGCAUUGACAUGGAAUUGCCUUCUGAGAUGUCCCUGGGUGAGGACCAGAUUCCUUCUUGGAGGUCAAAAUUUGUUCGUAUCAUGGAUCGCCUACUUUUGGAGGAGUUGAAAUACCCAUACUUGAAGGAGUUUAAGGUCAUUUAUGUCCUCAACGACCCAAGCAUAGCGUCCAACAUUGAUCGCUGGAUCGAUGUUGUUAUGUCCAAACAAGUUGAGACGCUCGAUCUCAACUUCUUAAAACCAAUGUGCAAACCACGAUGGCACUACACUUUCUCAUUGCCCCAGCAAUGCCAUUGUUUGAAGGUUGUGCGCUUGAGGUUCAUAUGCGUUUCGGGGGAAACGCUCGAGCAGCUCUUAGGCCACUGCCCCUUUCUAGAAGAACUAAGCGUGGCCGGGUCACGCAUGUUAGCGGGUUUGAACGUUUCGCACCAGGCUUUGAAUCGUUUGGAGAUUCAUGACUAUGGUUUGAUUGAACGGGUAACAGUGGUAUCUGCCCCCAAUUUGGCUUCUUUCAAAUUCAGUGGUGAGGCAGGAGAUACUCGUGCAUUGCUCCUUGACGUGCCCUGCUUGACCGAACUUUUUUUGGGGUCAAGUUAUGCAUCUUAUGCAUUGGCUACAGAAAAUUUCCCCAACAUGGAACGUGACCCCCUUCAUCGAGUCUUUCAUGAUUCUACUGAGUGUCGUGUGGAGCAAUUGACGUUGGAUCUGUCCCACAAUGGUUUUUGGGGGCAGCUUUUCGGCAAUCAAGAGCGAAUUGAAAAGUUACUUGACAACCUUAUGCACUUGAACUUGAUUGUGCCCGUGGGCUCGGUUUUCAGGGAGUCAUACACUCCAUAUAACAUAUCUGAGUUGCAGAAAACAGCAUGUCCCGCAUUUCAUAAAUUUAUACCGAAGUUGGAGUGGACGGAGGUAUCCCAUAGGGAGAGGUUCUUUUCCCAUGCACUAGGCACAACUGAAGUGACCAUUAAAAAAUGGAUUUUCCAGAACACUAAUGGUGGUCUAUUCACUAUCACAUGGCGUGGCGAUUCGGAUGGACCAACAUCAUAUUUAGGGUAUCCGUAAUGGGGAGAAUGGUUAGAGGAGGUGUGUGGGGAAUAGAGGAGUGUUGGAGUUGAGGAAUAUUAUUCCCUUGUGAAACAAAUUAAAUGAUUGGUCCAUUUGGGUUUUUUCUAGACAAAUCUACCCUAAUUUUAUAAGGGCUAACUUUGUUAAAUCUAACAAUUUUAGUGCUUUUUCCGUCAUUCCAUUAGCACUCCCGUUAUGUACUGCUGGCCUACUCCUAAACUAUUCCCGCGAUGUUUCUACCUUUCAAGUCCCUGCCCCGCCUUCGCCACCAUUGACCCAAAGGUUACCGCCCUUAUCUGGCAUCACCAUCACGACAAUGCUCCACGGCUCCACACCUCCACAGUUUCGGAAAUAUCUGCGAUGUACAAAUUCAUGCCUGUUGUGACUAGAACCAUGUCCUCGAAGCAGCCAAUUCCAACCAUAUCUUCGGGCCACUAUCUUGCCUAUUACCAUUCCAGUUUGUAGUCGCCCCUGCAGUCUGAUUCCAACCAAUUGCAUCCAGAUUUGGGAUUCACAAAUUUACUGUCAACCCAAGAAUUAGUGACAGAUUCGAGAUAGAUUUACUGAUUCUUAGUCUAUAAUUCACUUAUUCAAGACGGCCAAAGGGUGGUAACGACGAACGGACCGCAGCUACAAACAAGGUUGGGCACAGAUAAAGUAUAUGUUUGUUUAUCAUUUGAUUAAAUAAGACAACCUUGUUGCCUAUUAUUUGUAGCUCUUCUUUAUGUAGUUUCUAUAGACAUAAAUUUUGUUUUUAAAUUUUCUACUAAGAGACAAUUUAAAUGUGAGAAUAAAGACAUAUUACUCCCUAAUAAGAAAAAAGGCGUAUAAUCAUUAACCCACCACUGUAUAAAUGAGGAUAAUGUCACAAAUCAGCCUAUUUGCGACGCUUAUUAUGUGAAAAAUAAGUAAACACAUUUCUAUCUCAAUUCCACACAAAUUACGAACAUCUUUAGACCGACCAAACCAGCCCAGUCCUCAUUAAAGUUCAAAAAUCCUCCAAGUCUGUUCAUAAAAUUAUUUCGCGAUCAUCAACCAAAAACACAAAAAGGUGAGGGGGAGAGAAUCCUGGGAAAAAGAUUGCUUAAUCUUCUUCUUCUUGUUCUAGGCAGCAGAUUCCUUGGCAAUCUUCUCUGCUUUGGCA